GUAAAAAUAGCAGAACUCGAAGCCCUCACACGCUUUCUCUCUCUUUCACUCUCUCUCUCUCUCUCGCUCUUUCUGCCAAUCCGCCAAUCCUCGACGGUGGCCCAGAUUUAGAGGCUUUCUCUACUGUAAGAACCGCUUUUUUCUUCUAAAAUAAAUACAUCUUCGUCGGUGCUCAAUAAGAAACAGUCUCUCUUCUUCUCUCAAUUUUUUCUUCCUUAACAUUCUCCGAAACUACGAGAUUCAAGAACAAAGCUCAGGUGUAUGUAAUGCGUAUAAUGCAACAGUCUGUACUCGUUUUACAGGGUGAGUUUUGUUCUUCCAUUGCCAAUUUUGAAGAAAAAGUUGGUUUUGAAUGGUAUGUUACACAUUUAUGGCUGUAAAUACAUUUGCGAAUAGCAUACUGGAGUUGUGGUAUUUUUAGUCUUUAGUCAAAUUAGUAAUCCGAUUCUGGUCAACAUUGAUAUUCUUUUAUUUGUUCUUUAAAUUGAAUGUCUCAUAGUUGUAGUAAAACACCAUACACAUAGAAGUGCUAAUAUACACCAAUAUUAGCCUUCUAUUUGUCAUGUCAAAGGCUGAGUACAUGGAUGUUUCCCCAUUACAAGUGAAUGAUCAGAAUGGAAAUGAUUCAUGCUCUACACAAAUUACAUCAGAGCUGACAAAUAAAUUUGAUGCUGAAUGUGCACAUACUGAACCACCCAAACUACAAGAUUUGCCUGAUUCUGAAGGAUUGCAAAAUAAGCCUCAAGAGAUUAGCACUCCAGUAACCAACAUUCAUCCUAACCAGAGAUUUUCUGGAGAUGUGAGCCAUAGUAGUGAAACAAAUAAAGUUCCAUGCUCUCAGCAAAUUCCGUCAGAGCAGAAGAAUGAAUUUGCUGCUGAAUGCAUACCCAGUGAACAAUUAGAAGUAGAGCCUUAUUUAGAUUCUGAAAUCAUAUUUAAAGAACUCAAAAAAACCAGCACUGUCAUGUGCAGUCCUGUUGAUAAUGAAAACUUGGGACUGGUUGCCGAAAAUGUGAGCAACAGUAUUCAGACUGAUACUGAACAGACACUUCAGGUUGGUUCGGGACAUGGGUGUAAUGAUUUCAAUGCUGAAUCUAUACGUAGUGGACUAUUGGAACAGAAACACCAGCUUGGUUCUGAAAUCAUGCUAAAUGAACCAGCAGACACUGAUGCCAUGAUAACCAAUGGUGCUGUAAAUGAAACUUUGCAAUCGCUUGCGGAGGGUAUCAUCAAGAUUUGUCACACUAAAGGUGUGAACAUGAGUAGUCAGACUGGAGAAAAUUCAUGUUCUCAACAACCUACAUCAGAAAAGGCACUGGAGCUGACCGCUGGAAUCACAAGCUGUGAACAAUCAGAAGUAAUUUGUAAAGCUAGUUCUGAACUUCUGAACCAAAGUUCUUCUAUUGAAAAUUUAAAAGAACCUGAUGAUCCUAUUAAGGUUCCUGUUGUUGAACAUUUGGAACCAUCUUGUGAUGACAUGGUUAAAAAUUCUUGUCAUUCAGAGACACCACCUAAAGAUGUGGUAAAGAACUCUACUUGCUUGGGCCGUGAGGGCAAAAAAGCUUCAAAAUCAUUGAAGAAAAAAUAUAUGUUAAGAUCUUUAAGACGCAAUGAUAGAGUUCUUCGCUCAAGGUCACAAGAGAAACCUAAAGCUCCUGAGCCAAGUAAUAACUUGGCUGAUGUUAGUUCUAGUGGAGGGAAAAAAAUAAAGCAGAAGAGAAGAGAGAAGAAGAUAGUAGCUGAUGAAUAUUCAAGAAUCAGGACACAUCUAAGAUAUUUAUUGAACAGAAUUAACUAUGAGCGAAGUCUGAUCUCUGCAUAUUCUGGGGAAGGCUGGAAAGGAUUGAAUGUUGAAAAAUUAAAGCCAGAGAAGGAACUUCAACGAGCCACAUCUGAAAUUCUUCGACGGAAAUUGAAAAUUAGAGAUUUGUUUCAACGUCUUGAUUCACUUUGUGCUGAAGGGCAGUUUCCAGAAUCGUUAUUUGAUUCUGAUGGACAGAUUGACAGUGAAGAUAUAUUCUGUGCAAAAUGUGGGUCCAAAGACUUGUCUACCGAUAAUGAUAUUAUACUAUGUGAUGGUGCUUGUGAUCGCGGAUUCCACCAAGUCUGCCUGGAACCACCUUUGUUAAAAGAAGAUAUCCCUCCUGACGAUGAGGGUUGGUUGUGCCCUGGAUGUGAUUGCAAAGUUGACUGCAUUGACUUGGUCAAUGAGUCACAAGGAACAAAUCUUAUUAUCACUGACAACUGGGAGAAGGUUUUUCCUGAAGCAGCCGCAGCUGGACCUAAUCAAGAUCCCAACUUUGGACUUCCUUCAGAUGAUUCUGAUGAUACUGAUUAUAAUCCUGAUGAUCUACGAACUGAUGAGAAGGAUCAGGGAGAUGAAUCAAGUUCUGAUGAAUCUGACUUCACUGCUGCAUCUGAUGAAUUGGAGCCCUUAGCUAAUAACGAGUACUUGGGGCUUCCUUCUGAUGAUUCAGAGGAUGAUGACUAUGAUCCAGAUGCUCCAGUACUUGAUGAGAAAAUUACACAGGAAAUUUCAAGUUCUGAUUUUACGUCUGAUUCUGAGGAUCUUGCUGCUGUUAUUGAAGAUAACAGGUGUUCUGGAAAUGAUAAAGGUGCCACAUCUGUCAGUCCUCUCGGAGAUUCUAAUGGGCAGAUGUCAAAAUGUGGUGGAAACAAAGAGUCUUUAAAUAAUGAGCUGUUAUCCAUAUUACAGGCGGGGCAAGAUGGUUUAGGACCUGCUUCUGAGAAAAGAAGUAUUGAAAGGUUGGACUACAAGAAGUUAUAUGAUGAAACGUAUGGAAAUGUUUCUUCUGAUUCAAGUGAUGAUAUAGAUUGGACUGAUGAUGAUGGGCCAAGAAAAAGGACGAAGAGGACUGGAAAAGGUUCUCCAGUGUCACCAAAUGGAAAUGCUCCUAUCCCUAGGAGUGGAAAGCAAAAAAGGGAUAUGAAACGAAACCAAAAAGAGACUGAACAAUGUCCUAACAGAAUAACUUGUCAAAAGGUGAACUCUGAAAAUAGAAAUACAUCACCAGCUAAAUCACAUGAAGUUUCCUCGACACCUGGUUCUAGUGGUAAAGCUGAGAGGUCAUCAUAUAGAAGAUUGGGCGAAGAUGUGACUCAGGACUCAGAUGCUGGCGACAAUGCCGGUGCUAUCGCUCUAUCAAACUUACCAACUAGCUGUGUAAGAUGA